AUGUGUGGAGUUACUGCCAUAUUACUCUCACCUCUGGAGCAGAGUGCCCUAAGGCAGCUGUGCCUGUCUCGCUCGAAGCUCAUCCGGCAUCGCGGCCCAGAUUGGAAUGGCAUUGAAGUAAUAAAUUAUGGAGGCAACCGCAUCCAUGCCUUAGCCCAUGAGCGCUUGUCGAUUGUUGAUCCAACUUCCGGAAAGCAGCCUCUGAAUGACCCGGACCGUGUUGUCGUAUGUACUGCCAACGGCGAGAUCUACAACCAUAUGCAGCUGCGGAAGCAGCUUGAUCCUCGCGAAGCACAGAAGCUUGAGACCCUAUCUGAUUGUCAGGUGAUUCCAUCACUAUUUAAGCAGUUUGGGAGAUGUUUUGUGUCUAUGUUGGAUGGCGACUUCGCGAUCGUAGUCGUUGACAGACGCAACGGAGAUUUCCUUGUCGCGCGUGACCCAAUUGGUAUAUCGCCCCUUUAUGUUGGCCAUGCGGCAAAUGGAUCUAUCUGGUUUUCAUCUGAGGUCAAGUCGUUGCAGCAGGACUGCGUCAGAGUACGGGAGUUUCCGCCUGGACACUCAUUUUUUUUUAAGGCAUCCAAGUCUUCAGGCAUAAUGGAACGGUACUUUCAACCAGCGUGGAUGCAACCAGAUGCAUGUAUCCCACAGACUUCGUGCGACCUAAGCUUACUCCGCGCAGAGCUUGAGAAGGCUGUUAGCAAGCGCAUGAUGUGCGAUGUGCCAUUUGGCAUCUUGCUGUAUGGCGGCAUCGAUUCGGCUAUCAUUGCAUCAAUCGUCUGUAGGCUCUACAACGACAGAUUCAAGAAUGAACAGAACGAUCAUUUUUGGACCCCCAAGAUCCACUCUUUUGCCAUUGGCGUGAAGGGGUGUAUGGAUCUAGAGUGCUCACGGAUGGUGGCGAAGCACGUUGGCUCCACCCACCACGAGUUCACUUUUGAAUUGCAGGAGGCUAUCGAUGCCCUCUCAGACCUCAUUUACAUGAUCGAGUCGUACGAUGUCUUAACCGUGCGUGCUGCUUUGUUGAACUACUUCUUAUACCGCCUCAUCAAGAGUAUCGGAGUAAAAAUGGUGAUCACGGGUGAGGGGGCUGCAGAUCUGUUCGGCUGCGCUGGAGAUAUGCAAGAAGAACGCGAUCCCGUGGUACUACAUAGGGCGAUCGUGCGCAGAAUGGCCGACAUGCACUUCACGGAUUCACUCAGGGCUAACAAAGCAUCCAUGUGCUGGGGUGUUGAGGCCCGCGUGCCGUAUCUCGAUGUAAACUUUGUUGAAUAUGCAAUGUCCAUCAAUCCCGGAGAGAAGUUGUGUGGUCAAGGGCGCCUUCCCAAGCAGCUCCUCAGAGAUGCUUACAAGGAUGAGCUUCCGCAGGCCAUCAUUGAUAGGAUCCGUGUGGACAACCAGUUUGGCGUGUCUUACCAGUGGACUGACGCCCUGAAGAAGCACGCGGAGGACAAGGUGACCGACUUGAUGCUGAGCAAUGCUGACAUUUUGUUUCCAUAUAACCCUCCCAAGUCAAAAGAGGCCUAUCUGUACAGAAGCAUUUUCAGUGGGCACUUCCCCGAUCAAAGCGUAGCAAAGAUUGUCCCAGGAGGGCAUGGCGACUCGAAGGACGGCCUUAUCAGCCCUGCCACGAAGGUCCUUAAUGGCUUAUGA